AUGGUUGCUGCUAAGGAUGUCAAAGAUACAAUACUCAAGGACAUUGCCUCGGCUAAAGUUGAUGCCAUAGAGUUAGAUCUAAGCUCGUUGGACUCUGUCAAGAAUUUUGCAUCCGAGUUUAAUUCCUCUGGCCGUCCACUGAACAUCUUGAUAAAUGAUGCAGGAAUCAUGGCAUGCCCUUUCAAGUUGUCCAAAGACAACAUUGAACUACAAUUUGCCACCAAUCACAUAGGGCUCCCAAAUCCUUUUCACUUUUUCCUCUCAAUUUAUAGUUUUCAAGAGGAAGUUGGAUUGCUGUUUCUUGUUGGAAAUUAA